ACUAUCAUAUUCCAUUAAUACAAGUUUUAUCAAAUAUCCUGAAUUAAAAAAUGGAUAAUAGUUACAAACUAUUCGAAUUAGAUGUGAACAUAACCUCAAUUUGACAAAUCUUAAAAGAAUAAUACAAACGCAAAGGUGGAUAUAUAAUUGUCAACAAAGUUUGAAUAUUCUUAAUAUUUAUGCAAACAAUAAAAUACUUUUUAACUGCAGUUGAUUCUAGUUGUUUAUAUUGACUAUAAAAAAGACGUAGCUUGUGUCUAUACUGUGAUUACAAGUUUAUGGGCGAAUUCUCACGAAAAAAGCGACGGUUGGGUUGGUCGCGCUAUUCCUCGAAAUCUGUUCUCUGUUGGUUAUCCUGGAAGAUACAGCUGUUACCGGCCUUGUUUUUAGAAUGCUCUUGUUCUCUGAGCUUUCGCCCGCUCGAGUCAUAUCGAAAAACAUUAUUUGCAUUAUACAUAUUUAAUAAUGAGUGUCAUAAAAAGUCAUUAAAAAUCUGAAAUAAACAUAAGUGACACUUGAAUGAACGUUUCAACAGUUUAUAUGUUUUAGGAUACGUAAGGAGGUUAUAUAAAUUAGGAUGCCUGCUGGUAAACGAGCUGUACAGCAUUCUGUGAGGCUAGAAGAGCUGAAAAAGUUGAAAGAAAUAUUUGAUGAAAAUGAACACUUAUUACCAGAGUCAAAUGCAAUUUGGACUCAAGUUAGUGAAAAACUUGACGUUAAAAGAAGGAACAUAUAUGAAUAUGUUCAUCAAGACAGACAAAAUGUUAAAACGAACCUACUAAAGUAUUUUCGUGAUAACGAGAAUGGAAAAAAUGCAACAAAUUGCAAUGAAAGAGAAGAAAAUGAGCAGAAUGAUAUAAAUUAUAAUCUAAAAAAUAAUGAUCAGAAAUAUAGAUUGAAGCAAUGUAACAAAGACAGCUAUAAUAACGAAAGCUCUGAAGAUCAAAGCUGUGAAGAAGAAAGCUCUGAAGAUCAAAACAGCUGUGAAGAUGAAAGCUCUGAAGACCAAAACAGCUGUGAAGAAAAAAGCUCUGAAAAAAAGUGUAGAAAAAACUGAUCAAAAAUACUUCAAUGUAUUAGAUAUGUUGCAUCAAUUAAGACUAGAUAUGCAAUUUAAAAAAUUUAUACGUCAAAUCAAUUAUGUAUAUUUUUACUGUAUGUGGUGGAGUCCAGAACAAAUACAGUUUUACAGAUCAGUUUUAAGAAAAAUUAACUAUUUAGAACUAUUGGUAUUGGAAGAUUGUAUUAAUGAAAUAAGUAUUUCAAAGAAUACGAGUGGAAAGAUAAAUUUAUGUACAAUUG